AUGGCCAGAACACGUAUGGUAAUCAUGCACAAUUUUUACAUUAUCAAUUUUUCCAUGCUAGAAAAAGCUCUUUCUAAUAUUGAAAUUUCCUCUAUUAACAAUUUAAAUUUGGAAGAAUUAGUUUGCUCUCUUCCUCACGUUUCAUAUAAACAACCUUUUUAUGCUAUGAGGGGAUUUCCCAUUUCCGAUUUUGAUGAUCAUUUAGUUUUAUUUACUCUGAGUGAUGAUGAUAAAACUAAAAUUUUAAUGUUUUCAGGAGAAAAACGAACAAUACAAUUUAAUGAUGCAUGUUUUGCAGAGUAUCAGAAUGUUAGACCCUUUGAACAAAUUAAUUCACUAAUGAAUAAUGUUCAUCCAAUUUACUUGACAAGAUAUUUGGAAUUGUGUGAAUUUGAUUGUUAUGUGAAUGAUAGAGUUUUAGUUAAUGUAUUGGGAGAACAUUACAAGGAUUAUUUGAGUAAUGAUGAGAAUGAUAGUAAUAAUGAAAAUGAGAAUGAUAAUGAGUUAUCAUAUCCACCACCACCUUCUAAAAAGACUAAAUAUUCCUCUGAGGAUGAUGAAGAGGAGGAUAGAAAACAACAUCUCAUUGAAAUUAUUAAGAGAGAAACUUGUAAUAUUGAAUGGGAUGAUAAUUUAUUGGAUGCCUUUAGGAAAAUGUUGUAUUCUAUUGAUUCAAUUAUUGAUCAUACUGAAAGUCCAUUCAUCAAUUUAAGUCCACUUGUAAAUAGUCAUGACAUGAUUUAUUGUAUUUUAGAGUUUAUUGGAAAUGUGAAAACUCUUUUCAAUUUUGCAAUUUCUUGUCAUGAUUUUUAUGAGAUUUUUAAACAAGCCAACAAGAAUAAUCUAUUGCUGAAGAGAAUUGUAAAAGAUAUAGGUAUAGUUUACUUUUAA